AUGAACACUAUUUCCUAUGCGUGUCAGCAUCUUCAAGGGAUCAGAUCGGGGUGGGUUCCUGAACCAACCAAAGUUCUUUCCAUAAAAUUGUCUGCAUUUAUUGAAUUCGAGGUUGUGGAGGAGAUUCCACCAUGGAAAGAUCAGAUCACCGUACGAGGGUUAGUAGUAAGCCUCGUUCUGGGAACCUUGUUCUGCAUCAUAACAGCCGCUGGCUUGCUUGGCUUCUUCUUCGUCAAGUCAUGGACCGGUUUUCUCUCCAAAUUAGGCUUCUCUGUUACCCCUUUCACCCGCCAGGAGAACACCGUCAUCCAGACCUGUGUUGUUGCCUGCUAUGGCCUCGCUUUUAGCGGGGGUUUUGGUUCAUACAUGCUUGCAAUGGACGAGAGGACCUACAAACUCAUUGGUGUUGAUUAUCCUGGAAAUCGGGCGGAAGAUGUUAAAAAUCCAGCCUUGGGUUGGAUGAUUGGCUUUAUGUUUAUUGUCAGUUUUCUUGGCCUCUUCAGCCUUGUUCCACUUCGAAAGGUAAUGGUCAUGGAUUACAAGCUCACAUACCCCAGUGGGACAGCCACGGCUAUGCUAAUAAAUAGCUUUCACACAAGUGCAGGUGCUGAGCUAGCAGGGAAGCAAGUUCAUUGCCUUGGAAAGUAUCUUAGUAUGAGUUUCUGCUGGAGCUGCUUUAAGUGGUUUUUUAGUGGUAUUGGAGAUUCCUGUGGCUUUGAUAAUUUUCCUAGCCUUGGUUUGGAAGCCUUUAAGCAAACAUUUUAUUUUGACUUCAGCCCAACUUAUGUCGGAUGCGGCCUUAUCUGCCCCCACAUAGUCAACUGCUCAGUUCUUCUUGGGGCCAUUAUUUCUUGGGGUUUCCUUUGGCCUUUUAUUUCUAAACAUGCUGGAGAUUGGUACCCUGACAACCUUGGUGCAAAUGACUUUAAAGGACUUUAUGGAUAUAAGGUCUUCAUAGCUAUAUCUCUUAUAAUUGGAGAUGGACUGUACAAUUUGAUAAAAAUCAUAGCAGCAACACUGAAGGAAAUGUGCAACAAGAGCACAAAAGAAAACCUUCCUAUUGUUAGCGAGAUUCAAGAUUACGAGACUUCCAAGUUGUUAAUAGAGAAAAAGAGAAAAGAUGAGGCAUUCCUAAAAGAUAGGAUACCUUCUUGGUUUGCAGCCUCUGGGUAUGUGGGAUUGGCAGCGAUAUCCACGGCAACAAUACCUAUGAUCUUCCCACCACUCAAAUGGUACCUCGUACUUUGCGCAUACAUCCUUGCCCCGGCUCUUGCAUUCUGCAACUCUUAUGGCACUGGGCUUACCGACUGGAAUUUGGCUUCUACCUACGGAAAGAUUGGUCUUUUCAUCUUUGCUUCUUUGGUGGGAAGCAAUGGGGGAGUCCUAGCUGGGUUGGCAGCCUCUGGGGUAAUGAUGUCCAUCGUGUCCACAGCUGCAGAUCUAAUGCAAGACUUCAAGACUGGUUACCUCACUCUGUCUUCGGCCAAGUCCAUGUUUGUGAGCCAAUUGAUCGGAACGGCAAUGGGUUGUGUGAUUGCGCCACUCACGUUCUGGUUAUUUUGGAGUGCUUUUGACGUCGGAGACCCUAACGGUCCUUACAAAGCCCCCUAUGCAGUCAUAAUGAGAGAAAUGGCUAUCCUGGGAGUUGAAGGCUUCUCUGAGCUGCCUAAACAUUGUCUAGCUAUCUGUUGUGGAUUCUUCAUAUCGGCAUUUAUCAUAAACCUUGCAAGGGAUCUGACUCCAGCGAAAAUAUCGCGUUUCAUCCCUGUGCCCAUGGCGAUGGCAGUUCCGUUCUACAUUGGGGCGUACUUUGCCAUUGACAUGUUUGUUGGGACUGUGAUCUUGUUCAUAUGGGAGCGAGUGAACAGAAAGGGUGCAGAGGAUUAUGCUGGAGCAGUUGCAUCUGGCCUAAUAUGUGGUGAUGGCAUUUGGACAAUACCAUCCGCCGUUCUCUCCAUCUUUAGGAUUGAAGCUCCGAUCUGCAUGACCUUUGGGCCUUCUUUUAGUAGUUAGCAUGCUUAGCUAGGGAUUUUGCAUUCAAAAUUUUCAUUUUUAUGAUUCAUGAGCUCGUUGCCUUCUUGUACAUACCAUUUGAUGAUAAACAGGAAUGAUUGGUUUCAAUGUAUAUAUAUCAGUUAGUAAUGAAUCAGUCAAAUGUAUGCAA